AUGGGAUUUAAAGAAAAACUUUGGAGGUGGUUAAGUGCACCCGGUAGUCCCAUUACUGUAUCCUGUUCUGCACCCACUCAAUAUGUCGUGACCGAAGAAUCCAAGGAAGCUAGAUUAUUUAACCCAGAAGAACGUAAAAAAUUAGGCGGUCGUAUCUUUGACACUGUCACUCGUUUGGCUGGUUCUCGUGCUGCAUUUAUCUCCACUUUACUCGUCCUCAUCGGUUGGGCCAUUGCCGGUGGUAUACUGGGCGCUCCUGAUAACUGGCAAAUUUUUAUGCAAGAUGGUAGUUCCAUCCAAUGUUAUAUCUCAGACACCCUCUUGAUGCGUCAACAGCAUAACCACUGUAUCUCGCUACUUACCUUUAUCGCUCAAUUGCGGUCACGAAACACCACGCAACGACGUCUUUUCCAUAGUCCCGAUUUCAGAACCGAUGUGGAUGCCAACCAGGUUUUACAGAUGGCGAUCAAGGAUGAUGUAGGAGAUGCUGUCAAACUUCCAACAGAGAACUGGUUUGAUGUUUGCUGUAAUUGGGUGUCUGAGGCCGUAGGCUCCUUAGCUGCCUGGACCGUCUAUUGGGGUGGUAUCUUUGCUUGGAUCGGUGUAGGAGAUAUGCUGGGAUGGAGUGAUCUUUGGCAAUUGUAUAUCAAUACAGCGGUUGCAGUGGAACUCACCUUUACUUCCAUGUUUCUUCAAAACACACGUCGUCGUCAUAUGCUUUAUCUUAAAAAAUGUCUCAAAUCGAUUAUGGAAGCGGAUUGUGAAUUAGAGACGAAAUUGCGUGAACAUUUUAAUGAUAAUGAACCCAAUCCGGUGAUUACAAUCCCUCCACCCGAGAGAUCGCGUGGUGUACGUGCCAUUGAUUAUUAUGCGGAUGUGGUGGGUUCAGGUGUAGGUGUAGUGAUAUCCCUUGCUGUGUUUGCAGCUUGGCUCGGUGUAGGAAAUCUCAUGGAAUGGAGUUCGAAUUGGUGGCUCAUUAUUGGUACCUACACAGGUCUAAUUGGAUUUCUGGAUGGGUUUGCGUUACGAAAUGUUUAUUUCCGUCAAGACAUGUGGACAGAUGAGCAAUUUGCAAUUUUGAUUGAAGCAGAUGAAAUGACAUAUCAGUAUUUAAAUUUACCGAUUCCUACGGGACCUUUACCGGAAUCGCAUGAUCUUCGCACACGUGUGAGUAAUUGGAUGGGAUAUAUCUGUGCCAAGGCGAUGGCAGUGGGGGUAGCUAUAAUUAUUAUUAUUGCGCUUAUUUGUAUUGCUAGUGGUAUGCAAUGGAGUGAAACGGGGCAGCUUAUUUGUAACACGCCUACUAUGAUUAUUGAAGGAUUCUUGCUAGUGGUACUAAUCCAAGGUCAUAACAAGUCAAAUAUGAGACGUCGUGUAAUUUUACAUGAUAUCUUUAUCCGUCGACUAAAAUUACUUCAAUACGGGUGUAAAUGGUGCUCUAAAAAAGAAGAUGAUUAA